GCUACUGUUUAUUAUCUAUCCUGUUGACUAGUCACUUUACCCCUACCUAUAUGUACAUAUCUACCUGAAUGACCUCGUUCCCCUGCACAUGGACUAGGUACUGGUACCCCGUGUAUAUAGCUAAGUUAUCGUUAGUCAUUAUGGAUUUAUUCCUCCUGUUAUUAUCUUUCUAUGAUUUCUCUGUUUUCUUUCUCUCUGUGUUGUUGGGAAAGACCUGUAAGUCAGCAUGUCACUGUUAGUCCACACCUGUUGUUUACCAAGGAUUAGGAUGUUUUUUAAAUUUGAUUUUGAAUGUUUUACUUUUCUUUGUGCGUGUGUGUCUCAUGCCAGCCGUGUGAUGUUGGACGUCCUGAUAAUAGGUGGAGGGCCCCAUGCCCUGACCCUGGCCACCCUGCUGUCCUGUCCAGACCGGGCCCUGUCCCCACCUCCCCCCAACACAGACAUCCUCCAGGGGGUACAGCUCAGCCAGGGCAGGGCCAAGACCAGCCGCUCUAAGACCAAGAGAGGAGGAGCUACCAGACAGCAGCCAGCCGAGCCCGAGGAGCAGGCCACUCCAGACCCACAGUCAGUCUCAUCCUGCCCUCCGCUGGCCUUCAAAGUGGUGGACUCAUACGGAGAAUGGACCUCGCUGUGGGAGAGCCAGUUCAGAGCACUCAACAUCCCUCACCUCCGCUCACACACCCUGGUGCACACAGACCCACUCAAUAAGAGGGCUUUGCAGGAGUUUGUCCUGGAGAACGAUCGGACAGCGGAGCUACACUGCCUCCCUGACCACACCUUAAUUCUGGAUGAGAACGCCUUCUUCAACGACAUGCGCCUGGGCAAGAAGGACAGGAGGAGACUGAGCAGCAACAGAGGCCUGCAGAAGAGCCUGUACUUUAGCCUGCCAGGCACCAGGCUCAGUGUGGACUUCUUCAGACAGCAGGUGGACAAAUAUGGCCUGGACAGUGUCCUGACAAAGGGCACAGUGGACAGACUGACCCCUGUGAUGUCUGAAGGAAUUGUGACGUCAUUCAGGGUGUUCCUUCAGAAUGGGGACGUUCUCGAGGCGCAGCGGGUAGUCAUGGCGACCGGGCCGACCCGUGCCCAUAUGGCCAACAUUCCUUCCUGGGUGUCGUCCAUAGCGGAGAGCUACCCUGAGGAACGCCUGCAGCACACCGUGCAGCUCAUGCACCACCACCCCGCCUCACGGUCAGCACGGCAACAGGAACCAGGAAGCCAGAACCAGGAACAGGAAGAGAGUUCUUCUUCUUUCUCAUCAGCAGGUCCCUAUGUGGUGUGUGAGCCUGGCCAGAGGGUGGUGGUGGUUGGUGGAGGCCUGACCAGCGCUCACAUCAUCUCCAUCGCUCUGCAGCAAGGAGCCAGUCAUGUGACCUGGGUGAUGCGCAAACACUUACAGCUGAAGCAGUUUGAUGUGGGGGACGUGGAAAGCCUGGUGGGGCGUUACUCCCAUGUGGAGCAUGGUAUCAAGAUGGACGGCCUGGCCUACCUGCGUCAGUUCUACAACGAGAGCAGCCUGCAUAGGAGACUGGCCAUGAUCAGACAGGCCAGGAAGGGAGGGGCAGUUACACCUGAGGCCUACGCAGCUCUGCAGCCCUACAUCCAGACUGGACAGCUGGCUGUCCGAGCAUACUGCCAGGUGACUGAAGCUAAGUGGUGCUAUGAAAGCCAGGUGUGGAGACUGUUGCUGUGUGGACAGAAUGGCUGUGAGUCCUGGACUGGGGACAGGAUAUGGCUGGCUACAGGAUGUAAACUGGACGUCAAUCAAGACCCUAUGCUCUCUUCGGUCAUCAAGGAAUUCCCUAUUCAGGUCCUGGAUGGCUGGCCUUGUAUAUCUGAGAGCUUGCAGUGGGCUCCAGGCUGUCCUCUGUACCUGAUGGGACAGUACGCAGCACUUCAGGUUGGUCCGCACGCGCUGAAUCUGGCAGGAGGACAGGCGGCAAGCGCGCGCAUCGCGAAGGACAUUGUAUCCCAGCACAGCCAGAGUGGAGACGAAGGGACAGGGACACAAACCACCGUGGAGAGAACACAGACCGAAGAUUAUAUUCAACAGAUGCACGGGCUGAUGUGGUUAUGAUUAAAGGGAUAUUUACGCAUAGAUCAUGGAUUCAGCUGCCUCCCCCCUCUUUUCUUUCUUCAAACGAAUCCCUCGCGGUUAAGCCACGCCCUUCAUGUCCGUACCUGCGCGACAGGGGCGGGGCUGGCAACCACGAAAACAAAUGACUGCGCUUGGAAGAUGAUAGCCUUGUAAUUCUGUUGUUGCCUACACACUUGGAGGAUUUGAUAGCCUACAUUACAUGCUUGUCUGAUUGUAGUUGUUAUUCUGAGUAAAUUAGUCUCGUUGACUCCACAUCCAACUUCUGCCAGGUUAGUGACAUUAAAGUUUCAUGUAUCGGACUAAAGUUUUCCUUCACCAUGGAGUGGAGUUUAGUCCGCUAAACUUCAUGUAUCCUAUCUAGAGACCGAUGCUGUUAUUGUUCUGUCAUGUUGUCUUUUUACUCCAUAUUAUCCCAAUAAAGGUAUUAGCAAAAUAA